AUGACCGGUAAGGCAAAUUAUCAUCAAAAACCGUUAUGGCCAAGCAAGCGCUUCGAAGACGAGUUAGAACAUUGCGUGCAACCAACUCCGCGUAUCGGCUCGAGCUCCGGUCGGAGAAAUUCACAUGGAAGAAGGGCUCGGGACAGAAAGCUCAUCAAGGUUCAAACUCAUUAUCAUCCAUGGAAGCAGUGGGGGAAUAUCCAGCUUGGCACUUCCUCGGAUUCGUAA